AUGUGUAUUGGUAUUGGGAAGUCACCUGAAAGUUAUGUCUUGCAGUUUUGCUUCCCAGAAGACUUAUCACGUAGGCUGAAGUCACAGAAGUACAAAGUUUUGGAAGUGGAAAGUAGAAAGCCAGAGUAUACGGUACAGGAACCUAGCAUGCAUGUAGGAAGCGGAAAUAUGACUCUGCAUAAUGGAGAGAAUGAAAUAUUUCAGUUUGUUGAAUACGUUCUUAUAAACAAGCAGUCUAAUGCUUUCCUAACUGUAGGUUGGAGUGGUAUUGUACACAUGGGCGUGGUUGACAUAUAA